ACAACAACUUGCAAAAAUGCUGUGUGGUUUCUCCAAUCCUGUGACGCUCUACUCUGCAGUUUAAAAGGGGUGACAUACCUGCUUCUUUGGCUAAAUGUGUUCUCACGUCUCUAAAUCUGAUCACAUUGUUCACCAUUUGCCUGCAUGGACACCACCGAGAAGCAUACUACCUAUCCUGUGUCAAACGACAUCACCUCUGACUACUAUGAGGAGCCUAUUUACAUAACUGAUCUUUCUCAGGAGGCAUGUUAUGAUGAAGGCCUUCCAUGGAAAUCUGUCGUUAUUCCUAUUAUUUACUUUUUUGUCUUUUUCCUGGGCUUCCUAGGAAACAGCUUUGUGAUUGUUGUCAUGAGUAGAAAACCAAGAAAUAGGAGGUUGGUCGAUAUAUUUGUCAUCAACCUGGCAGUGGCUGACUUGAUCUUUGUUGCAACGCUACCGUUUUGGGCAAUUUCAGCUGCACAAGAGAACCACUGGAUGUUCGGUAUACAUCUGUGUAAGUUGAGCAGUUAUAUCAUCUCAGUCAACCGUUACUCCAAUAUCUUUUUCCUAACUUGCAUGAGUGUGGACCGCUACAUGGCCAUUGUACGGAUGCUGGACUCCACCUUUCUCAGGAGUACUAAAUGCGUUCGCCUCAUCUGUGGCAUUAUUUGGACUACAUCUGUCAUCUGUGGGAUACCCACAUUGUUCUACAAACACCUAGAGAUGAAUGAGAGUGGAGAAACGGUCCACUGUGUGGAAGCCACACUUGCUACUGGUUACUGUGAGAUUACCUUGAGCUCUUUGUUCCUUGCCUUCAUUCUGCCAGUGUCUGUCAUUCUCUUCUGCUAUUGCUCCAUCCUGGUGAAAUUGCGUCAACACUUUCAACAUCAAAGUAUCCAGGCAAAGCUGAAGAGAAAGAACUCGCUCAAGAUUGUCUUCACCAUUAUAAUCAUUUUCAUCAUAUCAUGGCUGCCAUUCAACAUCUUCAAGGCAAUCCACAUUAUGUCCAUCUUUCAGAAGUUAUCCUGUACAAUGAUGAUUAUCUUGAAUCAAGGCAUCGUUUUAUCUUCUUGCUUGGCUUUUAUCAAUAGCUGUGCCAAUCCCAUCAUUUACAUCUGCCUGGACCACCACUUCAGACACAGGGCAACUCAUCUCUGUCUCAAGCGGUUUGGGACAUGGGUGCAACAAGGAUCUCGGGCAAGUGCAGCUUUUUCUGGUACAUCAACAGACAGCUUCUCUGGAUACACAACUGGAAGGACUCGCCUGGCAUCGCUUGGUCAAGUCUCAACAGUUUCAGAGUAUAUUAAUGGCAGCGGACAGUAGACACCGAAUCUCAUUUUACACAAAUUAAAGCAAGUCAUCAUGUUUUCUUGCAACCUCUGAAAGGCUAAAAUACUCCUUCAAUAACAUUAACCUAAACAUAUAGCAUUUGAUUCUUUUUGCUACACAAGUACUGAAACAGGAACUUAAUGAAAUGGAAUUAUCCAGCCAAAGAAAUUUGCACCUUAAAUGACCUAAGGAUUUAUAAUUGUGUAGAAAAUUUAUUAGAGUUCUCCUUUGGAAAACAGGUGAGGUGUGAUUGGGAAAGCCAUUAUUUUAUUAAACUUCACAACCCACUUUCAAUUUGACUGUAGUUGGCACACGGCUUUCAGCUACAGAAGUGCUUAGUUCAAAACACAUGUGACAAAAUGCAUUUUUUUGCAAGCCAUAAGUGUAAGGUAGUUGAACAGAUGAGGAUUUUUGGCCAAAUCACCUACUAUCAGUGCAGGUUAAAUGCCUGGUAACCUAAAGUAAUCUGGAGUUUGUACAAUUUUAUUUUUUCUUUGGGGUAAUGAAUUUUCACAUAUGUGCAUUUCUUGCUAAGAAUACUGAGGGAAGGAUUGUGGGGCACAAAAGAAAUGUCACACCUGACUGUAAGAAGCCAUUUCUUCAUUUGGGCUAAGCUAUUCCCUGAUAUAUUUCAAAGAGUUACCCAAACUACUUUAUUUCCGAGAACUAAUUUUUGAUCUUUCAUCUGUACAAUCAAUGGAGGAAUUAGUUGUCUACAGCAGUGAUUUGGCAGCCCACGGUUUACAACCCUCUGCUUAUGUUCAUUUAAGUCUGAUCAUUCUCAAAUCCAAACUGAAUUCUCAGCUGACAAGUUACAUUUUCAUACUUUGUCAUAUUGUAACGUACAGUAAUUGGAUUUUAUGCUUCACUUGACUAAAAGGUUGCUUGCACUUUUCUGUAAUAUUGUAUAAUUGCAUUUGUAAUUUUAUCAUUAUGUGCUUUAUGGCUUUUUUGAAUCUGUAGCUUCUUUUGCCUGUUCAUUAAUGACUUAAAGGUUUUAGAUGAAAGAAAAAAAAUCCCUUUGCUGUCCCAAUAUAAGGUAGAGUAUUUUUUAGUUUCUUUGUUACAC